AUGACGACGCACGUGCAGCAUGUACGAUCAUUAUACAAAGUUAUUUUACGUUUGCAUCGCGGUCUACCAUUGGAGAUGCAAGUGUUAGGUGAUAAUUAUGUAAAAAGUGAAUUUAAACUACACAAAAAAUGCACAAAUGAGGAGGCAAUGGUGUUUAUGCAUCAGUGGACAGAUUAUGCAGUGACCAUAGCUAAUCAACUUGGUGUAAAAGGACCAAAUACAGGCAAAGGACAACUUGGCAGGCAGAUGAACAUGAAGGAAUUGGAUUGGUUCAGUGAGGAACAAGUUUUGCAACUGCAUGAGUUGAUGAAAGCAGCAAAAAAUGAACCUGAUGGUAGCAAAAUAAGUUGAUGCAGCAAUUAUAAAGCAUUUAUACAUUUAGUGCAAAUUGUAUAUUAAUUAUUCUUGUUUUGCAAGGUAGCCACAUCAAUAAAUUAUUAUUUAUGCA